AUGCUUCCUCAACCACUACAGCAGCCCCUACUGCAACUAGAAAUGAAGAUCAUUCUACAACAACUAUAUCACCUACGACAACAUCCCCUUCGACAACUGCAGCUCCUACUACAACUACCAAAUGAAGAUCAUUCUACAACAACUGUAGAAGCUACGACUACCACAACAACAUCCCCUACGAGAACUGCAGCUCCUACUACAACUACCAUAGCUCCUACGGCCACUACAACUGCAGCAGCUCUUACAACAACAACAGAAGCUGCUUCCACAAGCACUACUGCAGCCCCUACAGCAACCACAAUUGAAGCUUCUUCUACAACAACAAUAUCACCUACGACAACAUCCCCUUCGACAACUGCAGCUCCUACUACAACAACUGUAGCUGCUUCCACAACCACUACUGCAUUACCUACUGCAACCACGACUGCAGAUUCUUCCACAACCACAACUGAAGCUUCUUCUAAAACAACUAUAGCACCUACGACAACCACAACAAUCUCCCCUUCGACAACUGUAGCUACAACAACGCCAAUCACAACCGAAGGUUCUACAACCACUUUUACUCCUGCGAGACCCACAACUGGAACACCUACAGCAACCACAACAACAACUGUAGAACCAACGACAACCACAACAACAUCCUUUUCGACAACUGCAGCUCCAACCACUCAACCACAACAGCAGCUAGUACAACAACUGGAGCUCCAACGACCACUACAACUGCAGCAGCUCAAGCAACACCAACUGUAG